CGCGAGAGGACGUAGAGGAAGCUGUGACCGCGCGUGUUUGUGUAACAUGUUAGGAAAUGCAUUCAUUGCCCUUUAAUGCAGUGAUAGAACCGCGUCUAUGGCGGGACAACUGAAGAAGCAGUUAAAAGACGCAGUGAAGGUCAUCAGCUCAGGUAGCUUUCUGUUUGCCUCCUACCUCACUGCGGUUGGAGAUGAGCGUUUCUAUGCAAACCAGCUGAUGCCCCUGCUGCAGAGGAUUGUGGGGGCAGAGCAGGCGCAUGUGUUGGCCGUGAAGAUGAUUGGUCUGGGUCUGGUUCCUCUAAACCGCUAUCAGGACCCUGCAUCAUUGGAAGUUAACGUGAUGGGAUUAAAGUUUAAAAACCCUAUUGGGAUUGCAGCUGGCUUCGACAAGCAUGGAGAGGCCGUAGACGGGUUGUACAAGGUGGGUUUUGGCUUUGUUGAAGUGGGCACAAUCACUCCCAGACCUCAGGAGGGGAACCCCAAACCACGCGUGUUUCGACUCACUGCAGAUCAGGCAAUUAUUAACAGAUACGGAUUCAACAGCUGUGGUUUGGCAGAAGCACAACAGAGGCUGAAGGCCAGAGGAGACACACAGCAACAUCAAAGUAAAGCUGGCCUUCCCCUGGGCAUCAACCUGGGGAAGAACAAGCUGUCCCAGGACGCAGGGGCAGACUACUUGGAGGGGGUGAGAGUGCUGGGCCCGUUGGCUGACUACCUGGUGGUCAACGUCAGCAGUCCUAAUACGCCAGGUCUCCGGGAUCUACAGGGGAAGGCUGAGCUCCACCGGCUCCUACAAACGGUGUUGAAGGAGCGUGAUGCCCUGCAGGGAGAAAGCAAACCUCCGGUCCUGGUGAAGAUCGCUCCUGACCUCACUGCACAGGACAAACAAGACAUCGCAGAUGUUGUCACUGAGCUGGGAGUGGAUGGUUUAAUGGUGUCUAACACCACGGUGUCCAGACCAGAGACGCUUCAGGAUCCACAUAAGUCAGAGGUCGGUGGGCUAAGUGGUCAGCCUCUCAAAGACCUCUCUACUAACACUGUGAGAGAGAUGUACAACCUCACCAAAGGUAAAGUACCAAUUGUUGGAAUCGGUGGCGUGGCCAGUGGACAGGAUGCCAUGGAUAAAAUCCGUGCUGGUGCAUCGCUGGUUCAGCUUUACACAGCUUUGACCUACCAGGGUCCGCCGGUAGUGACGAAGAUAAAGCGAGAAUUGGAAGAACUUCUUAAAGAACAAGGUUUCAGCAGCGUAUCAGAGGCAGUCGGAGCAGAUCACAGGGGGUCGACACGUAAGCCGAGCCCACUGAAGGAGAUGGUAAACGUUAACGCAGACGCGGCACCCCUAGCUGCCAUCUCCUCCAACUAACGUGAUCCUCAGCUUUUCUUGAACUGUGAUGGAUGCUGAGUAUUUGUUAUUGUCCAUCCAUCCACCUUGAUUUCCAGGAAGAGAUGCGGUAUUAACUGGUAGUUUUUGAUAUUUCCAGCAUUUGUGACAAGGAGUGCAAAUGCUCAACACACCAAAUCUCAGCUUCUCACCGUUUCCUUGAACAUCAUGGUGAAGUGAAUAAUGAGUCUGUUUGUUACUUUAUUUCAAACGUUCAUCCUUUGUUACAGUGUAACAGCAGUAAGUGACUCUCAAGUGCACACUAACACCAAAGUGCUUGAACUCUUCAAACAAACUUUUUUUACAAACAUACAGACCGUGUUCUUGUGUGUAAAGAAAAUAAUCUGACAUCAUCUUAGAUGGUUCAAAACAGCAAAACCUGUUUGUUUUCCUGAGUUUUAGGAAUUGUCUAAUACAGAACUUAAAACAUACAUUCAAAUGUUGAUAAUGUAUUAUUCACUGCACAUCUAAAAAUAGAUAUUGGUAUUAAAAACUUCAUGAAGAAAAAAUCCUGUCAAUCACAAUAGCAGCUCAAGUGUUAUAAACUGUUUUAAAUAUUUUGGUUUAGGGUCAAGGUAUUUGUUAUGCUCUGUGCCAUGAGUGGGCAUCUGUACAGUAGGUACUGUAAAUCCUUUCCCUAGAAACUGAGAAGCACUACAUUUCCCUAAUUAAAGUCUGAUAUUUUUUUAUUCACUGCCCUGCUCAGAGAAAGUUAUGAUUUGACUCAACAAUGGAGCACUUCUACUAAAGAAAAGCCGCAGAGGUCAUUGUUGCUGGGCUGAUGAAUAUGAGACUGUUUGGUAUGCUUUGGUGGGAGAGCUUUAUGCCAUUUGCAGAUGUCACAAUCAUUCCUAGGGGGCUUGUAGAGGCGACUCAUUAAUAACUUGGUAUUUCAACCAGGGGUGAUGCCUUAUGUCCUGUGUCACACGGUCUUGUGUGCCUGGUGCCCAUUCUCGUCAGCUCUCGUUGGAUUGACUCAUCACUAUUUGGAUAAGCCGUAACCGAAGAAGUUGAUUAUUACCCAAAUCAUUCCCUUAACUCCAUGAUUAAGCUUACAGGGGACGGCAUGCCUCGUCGUAUUUUCAAACAGAGGUGAUGUCAGUUUAUGCGGAUACACUUCAAUUUUUGCUCCUUGUGCUUCUGUCACGGCUGGAAACGCGUCUAGACUCCCCUGCUAAUUUUACUUGACGUAACGUUAUAACAGGAAUGUAUAUUGACAUUAAAUGAACUAAAUUAUGUCCAUCAUCAGUAAACCAAAAUAAUUCAAGUGGGAUUUAUUUUCAUCGUCUCCCAGCUAGCCAGUAAAAUUCAUCCGAUAUUUUCACAGCACAUGAUGCGUGCGCAUGUGACAUUGUAAAGUUGGCAUGACUGGAUAGUGCAAAUCAAAAGUGCUUAACUACAUUAUUUGUAUAAAACAAAACUCACCCUAAGUGGUGGAAAAUUCCCGAACGUGUACUCGGAGCACAGGCUGUGAGGUCAUGGAGCUCAUCGAAGCGUGCUCUGCUACGUGCUGCAAAACAACACCCAUACUGGUGAAAUACCCAAGUUUUUAGGGAGUCCCAUUGUAGAAAGCUGCCUAAUGGAGCCACUGAUUUGGUAUUCUGUGUAUUAGAGAUGGUUGUUCCAGUGUGAGAGAUCCUUAAGUGGAAUCAGACUACUGUUAAAGCACGACCGAUAACAGGAAAAUAAAUUAAGAAUUCUGGGUUAAUCUCUGUCCUAAUGUGACGAAAUGGCAAAUUAGCUGUAAAUUAUGACUUACAUGUUUUGACAAAAGAAUUGAAGAAUGCAGGGUAACCAUAUCUGCUGUGGUUAUUUAUGGACCCCAGAGGAUAAACCAUACUUGAAUAGGUUUGAAUUUGUUUUCACAACCAGUUAUGCAGGUUAUCCUGUGAGAUUAUUUAAUCGGAUUCUAAAUUAUUUGUUUAUUGUCCGUCAAAAAGAAGCCGUUCUAAACAAAUGCAUCCCUAAAUGCAUUUGAUCAGGUUGUGUUGGCUGUUUGAAACCAUCCUCUUUUUCCUGCACAAAAAGACCUUGAAGCAAUGCUGAAAGAAACGUGGACAUUCAGAGAGAGAGGCUACAUUCAGGUCUUACCUGUGUUUUCAUUUAACUUCCACACACAAAAACUACAGGCUGUGGAGUGCAAUAUAUUCUGUGAGAGCAGAGUUGGAAUAAUGUACUUGUGAUGAAUCUGAAUGUAAUUUCACAGAGCACCAUGCCUGGAUUUCAGCAAACCCACUUGUGUUCCUUUGUGUAUGUGGAGAACCACAUGUGCUAAGGUGAAUGAGUCACUCAGGCUAAAAAAUGUGCUUUAAGGUACAACUAUAAUAAAAAAAAUG